GAGGUCGUCAAAGCUAUUCAAGAGGAAAAAGGUUUGAAUGACGAAGGGCAUUUAAAUCUAAACCUCUUUGUAAAGUAUUCAGAAUUAUUGAUUAAGAAAAAAAAAUGGCGGCUGUCAAGGGCCAAGGCAUCACAUGUCCACAGGACCAGAAUGAUUGGAAUUCAGCCUCUUCUGUCUUUACUUGUACUCCACCCAGAACUUACCAUUGCUUAAAGACAACAGCAGGGCGAUACGUAGAAAAAUGCCUUGAGAAAACAUGGAUUCCGCCAGAUAUGUGUCCAGAAUACAACGAAAACCUUGAUAUAAUAGACGUGGACAAAUGUUUAGGGGAUUCAACAGAAUGUCCUAGAAACACAUUCUGGUCUAAUGCCGUCUAUCUAUAUCCGAAGUGCUUUCAGAAAUCCCAGUCAAUACAGAAUUCCUCUUACAUUAUAUUUACAAAUACCACCGUUACUGAAGAGCCAUCCAAUUCAACCUCAUCCAGUAACACGACUACAACAAGCCCUGGCCUAGACAUGCAUACCCUCUUACCGUACAUUAUCGGCGGAAGUAUCCUGGUUUUUCUGAUCCUUGUGGUGGUGUUUAUAUGUGUUCUAUGUCGGAGAAGGAGAUCAAGACACAAAGGAUGCAGGCAUGAAGUUCAUAUUGAAUAUACAAAAACUUUAAGGCAGGAAAGUAUACUUGAUGAUUUCAUUAAUGCAGAACAUGUGAACGGAAACGGUACAACUUUUCGGACUCGUUCAGCUGAUGUUGAAAAACAGCCCUUCUUGAAAUUAAAUCUCAAGUCCAUGGAUCCAGUCAGUAAUAUAUAUGUGUACGUCGGGAACGAUGAAGACAAGAUAGCAGAAUCAUAUGAAACUCUGAUAUAUGAAAAUAGAUACGAUAAAUGUCAGUUCGUGAAGAGUAUGAGCGAGUUUAAAGUAGAUAUGUGGACCAAAGUCUACUUUUUCCAGGGUGUAUUUGCAGACGUAAAUUUAGUGUCUCAGAUAGAGGAUCUCCGUGAAGACUUUGAUAAAAUAUUCGCAGCAGCAACACAACAACCUUUGUCUAAAUUUGUUUUGGAGAUGCCGUUAGCUGUGUGGACUGACCAUAAAGAACAUUUACAAAAAACGCCUUUAUUUAAUGAGAGAUAUAUUAUCAAAGUUUAAAGUGAAGAAGACUUAUCAGUAUUGAGAAAAUCUUCCAACUAAUGAAAUUUGCAUUU